AUGGCAGAAAUAUUGAACCAGACAGUUUCAGUAACCAAGUUCAUUCUUGUAGGCUUCACCCAUAUCCGUUGGCUGCAGAUCCUUCUCUUUUGGGUCCUCUUUCUCACGUAUCUUCUGACCAUCAUGGGAAACCUUCUCAUCAUCUACAUCACUCUGGUUGACCAUCGCCUCCAUACCCCCAUGUAUUUUUUCCUCCGGAAUUUUUCUGUCUUGGAAAUAGGAUUUAUCUCUUCUACCAUCCCGAAGGCUUUGCUAAACUUGGCCUCAGGCAACAGCACCAUUUCUCUGGCGGGCUGCUUCACGCAGGCCUUUUUCUAUUUUAUUUUGGGCACCGCUGAGUUCUUCAUUCUGGCCACCAUGUCCUUCGACCGCUACGUAGCCAUCUGCAAUCCCCUACGGUACACGGUUAUUAUGAACAAUCAAUUGUGUACACAGUUAGUAGUGGGCUCUUGGCUGAUCAGUUUCCUUUAUAUCAUAAUGCCCCUGAUUCUGUUAUUUCGUCUGCCCUUCUGUGGUCCAAAUGUCAUCAAUCACUUCUUCUGUGACAACAUACCACUGAUCAAGCUGGCCUGCACCGACACCCAAUUUCUGGAACUGAUGGAUUUUCUCAUGGCCACCUUUACUGUGCUGGGGACUCUGGCUGUCACAAUCAUUUCCUACAUUAAAAUCAUUGCGGCUGUCCUGCACAUCCCUUCCGAGGAGGGCAGGCAAAAGGCUUUUUCCACUUGUGCGUCUCACAUUGUGGUAGUUUCCAUCUCCUACGGGAGCUGCAUUUUCAUGUACGUCAAGCCCACGCAAAGCGGCGGGCUGGACCUCAGCAAGACGGUAGGUGUCCUGAACAACGUGGUCUCCCCUUUGCUCAACCCCUUCAUUUACAGCCUGAGGAACAGGCAGGUGAAAACAGCGUUGAAGGAUGCUUGUGGAUGGAGACGAGAAUAGCUUUGAAGGAUGCUUGUGGAUGGAGAGGAAAACAGCCUUGAAGGAUGCUUGUGGAUGGAAAUAAAAACAGCUUUGAAGGUUGCUUGUGGAUGGAGAUGAGCAUCGUCUAAUCGGGGAAAUGACCUGUCCAGGUGCAGGCUGAACGUCCUUGACUCUCAGAGGAAAGAACGUUGUUAUGGCUAAAUACAGUAGUGGCCAAAAUUGUGGAAACCUUUUGGGAAAAGUGUAUUCUUAACGUUUGAUGGCUAAUAACACCACUUUUUUUUUUUUUUUUUUUGGAGUUUCAAGAUAAUCCUAUUCCACUGCUGGAAUGGCCUGGGAAUAGCCCAGACCUUAACCCAAUUGAAAAAUCUAUGGAGCCAAGUAAAGAAACUUGUUAGCCAGAAGCGACUCAGCAAUAAAACCCAGUUAAUUGAAGCCAUCAUUCCCUCUUGGUUUCACAUGAUAACAGCUGCAGAACUAAAAGACUUAGUUCACUCCAUGGGGAAGACGUUGUAAGGCCAUAAUUCAUGCUAAAGGUUACCCAACUAAGUAUUAACUGACAGGGUGAUCAUUUUUGUUUAUCUCCUUUUUUCUAUGGUGAUCAUUUUUGUGUAUCUUGUUUUUUUCUACAUGUUUCACUUUUCUUCUUUCUACUGUAACUGCUAUUCUAAUAGCAAAUCCUUCAUAAAAAUUACUGCAUGACAUUCUUGAUUAAAUUAUCUUUCCAUUGAUAUGUACUUUUAUGACAUUAGUCCCCCCCAAAAAAAGUGGUGUUAUUAGCUAGUUUUAGAAAAUAUACUUUUCCCAAAAGGUUUCCACAAUUUUGCCCACUACUGUAUCUCUACCAACUCCAUGCAACCCCCCUCCCAAUUUCCAACAGCACUAAGUGCUGUUAGUCCAUCAACUUUAUCACCCGAAGGACUGAAGUAUGGA